AUGGAUAGCGGCAGCCCUCCUUUGAGUUCUGUUGUAAUGGUUCUGGUGAAUGUCAUCAACCAGCAGAAUAAUGCACCGAUGAUAAAUGUGAAUUUUUUUUCCGAUUCAGCAGAGAAAACUGAUGCCAUUUCUGAGGACGCUGAAGUUGGCAGCUUCAUUGCCUACGUAAUGGUCACUGACCCUGAUAUUGGUCCGAACGGAGAGAGUCUUGACACAAAGGAAUACAAAAUAAUUGUAAAGAAUCCAUUAGACCAGGAGAUUGAGAACCACCAUGACAUUACCAUAUGUUGUCAAGACAAAGGCUCUCCUCCUCUGUCCACUGAAAGCAAGUUCUCAAUCCAAGUGAUGGAUGUCAAUGAUGUACAACCUCAAUUUUCCCAGAAGUCAUUCAGAUUCUGGGUCAAUGAGAACCAGAAAUCCAAGUUUCCUAUUGGCUCCAUCAAUGCUACUGACCCAGACCUGGGACCUGGUGGCAAGCUCACCUAUUCACUAAAAACCAAUAAUAAACAUUUCCUCCCUUUCCAAAUCUCCGAUGAUGGAUUCAUUUCAACAGUUAUGUCAUUGGAUCAUGAAUUCCAGGAUAUUUAUAAAUUUAAAGUUUUUGUAAAGGACAAUGGAAUCCCUUCUUUGAAUAAUACAGUAGAUGUCAGCGUUGAAGUUCGAGAUGCAAAUGACAAUGCUCCAUAUUUCACGUUCCCCAGCGUCAAUCCUUAUACCCUGGACUUUAUUUAUUAUCCACAUCACACGAACAACAUCACCGUUCUGAAAGCAUCUGACGGUGACAGCCAGGAGAACGCAUUUCUCAAGUAUGAAAUAACUGCAGGCAAUGAUAAACAGUUGUUCACCAUCAACCAUUUCACUGGACUCUUGUCUUUCAGUCGAGUCGUUACUCAGCAGGAUGCUGGAUCAUAUGACUUAAAGUUUGUUGUCAAGGACAGUGGAACUCCCGUCUUAUCCGCAAAUGUUGAUAUAAUUCUGAAAUUGAUGAUAAACAAACAAGACAGUUUCUAUCUAUCUAUCUAUCUAUCUAUCUAUCUAUCUAUCUAUCUAUCUAUCUCUGUGGGUUUCUAUCUAUCUUAG